AAUUAAAUAAGAUAUAUAAAAUAUUUAUUUAUUUAUUUAUUUAAUAUGAUAAAGGUGAGAGACUGUAGUGAUCGGGACGAGAGUUUGUCGCCAUUUUGAUUUAGAAGGUUAGGUGAGGAAGUGGACGAGGUAAACAAAUUAUAGCAAAAUGGCAAGUCAUAUGUUGAAAGUCGCUUCGAGACAGUUACCUUCAAGAUGUAUAUUUAAUACAUUAAUACAGCCAUCUGCAUCUUAUUAUGGAAGAAGUUUGAUUGGCAAUAGAGAUGUAGUUGGAUAUGGUAUGAAUGGAUCAUACAUGUACAUUGACAGAUUGGAUUUUCCCAUGCCGGCAAUAAGAUUUAAGGAAAAUACUCCUGACAUUAUGGCUUUGAGAGAGAAGGAGAAGGGUGAUUGGAAAAAUUUAACUAUAGAAGAAAAGAAAACUUUGUAUAGAGCAAGUUUUCGUCAAACUUUUGCCGAAAUGAAAGCUCCGACCGGUGAAUGGAAAGUUAUCGUGGGAUGGACACUUUGCGGAAUAUCUCUAGCAUUAUGGAUUUUUAUGUUUAUGCAAAAAUUUGUGUAUCCACCGUUACCCGAAUCGUUCACUCCCGAGGGUAAGGCGAGAACAUUGAAGAGGAUGAUCCAGUUGAGAGUCAACCCCAUCGAAGGACUGGCGUCCAAAUUCGAUUACGAGAAGGGUCAAUGGAAGUAAAUUACAAUAAUUAAAAGAA